AGUGCAUGAUGUAGCCAAUUAAAAUUUAGAAUAGCAUUACAAUUUCCGCAUUAGGUUGAGGGAUUUUUAGUAAUCGUAGUUGGUAGAUUCCCUGUACUAGCGAAUUCCAACACAGCAAAUAAAUAUUAACUAUAUCUAACUAUAAAUUCAACGAAAAGUAGUUUUUGACUAACAAAACAUCCAUCUAUCCGUCACGAAACGAAUCACACGGCAAUGCACGGCUGAUUCGCACAUUUCACCUUAGAAAUUUCACCAAUUCGCCCGCUUCGCCCGCACAAUCUCAUUCGAUCUCUCUCUCCCAUCGAAAAUCGUCUUUUGCUCUCACAAAAACCAAAACCGAAUGUGACAUGGCGGCGUCUGCUCUGUGUAGGAACAAAGUUUGACUGAAACUUGGAACUUUUUUCUUUUUUUCUCUAAUUUUCCAUAAGAAUUUUUUCCUUCUCGAAUUCCUGAAAUCGUAUCGAAAACAAUACGCCGCCUUAUACGUAAUAAAAACAGUGCAUAAAGUUCUCCCUGGGGUUAUAAUCUUCACACGGGAAAAACGGGCCAUCGAGAAAAUCUUCGGCGGCGAGAAAUUCUCUAAAGAAAAAAAUUCCAAUUGAAUUUUUCGAAAGUCCGAUGCAAAUCGUUCGGCGCAUCAGAGGCUGCGAAAAAUUCGAAUGUAGAGAGAUUUCUGUUGGAAGUAUUGCGAAGACGACGACCGGAGAACGCGGCGCCCUAAAAGAUUUGUACGGGGUCGGGCCCGUAAGAUUUCCGCAAUUUCUCGCGUAGAUAGAAGUUUUCUUGAGGAAACGCCGCGGCGACCGGGAAAAUCGUGCUCGAAACGUCGUCGACGGAGAAAAAGUACACACGCUAUUGCGGAAAAAAUUCGGAAUCGCUGGCUGGGAAAAUACACGCGAAAAACUGAUUCGUCGUCUUUGCCGUCGUCACCGCUCCGGGAAAAAGAGAAGAAAAUCAUUUCAUCUUAAUUUGCAUUGAUGGUAAUGCAUGCUAGAAAACCGCAACGUAUGAACGAUGGGUACUUCGAAAAGCAUCAGGCCCAUCCUUACCAGAGUUCCAAAUACAGCUCUAAACGCGACUAUGAACGGGACACAAGCAGCCGAUCAUCGACAAAUUAUGGACGUGAUCGAGGUGGCGAUAAUUCCCCAUCGACAGGAGGCGGUGGUGGCGGUGCAGGAACAGGAUCAUCAUUGAACAACGGCAACAGCUCGUAUCGUUCGAAUUCACCAGAUUUGGAUUCGCCACCACGGCAUGACAUUCGUGAUCGGGAUCGCGAUCGUGAUCGAUUCAGUUACACACAAAAGAUGCGAGAACGCGAUCGUGAUGUUUACAAGAAGGACAAAUAUUUAGAUAAACGUGACAGCAGACGUGGUGGCGGAUCAUCGGGUACAAAUGAACGAGACUCAGAACAUCGGACAAAUCAUGAUCGGCUCGAUCGUCGAACAAAAUUGUGCAGUAGUAGUGAUAAACGAUCAGGAUCUGAUGAUCGCGAUCGUGAUCGUGACUUAAGAGAUAGUAAACGUGAUCGAAGUGAUCGAGGUGGUGGUGGCAGUGAUCGGGAUCGUGAACGUGACAGAGAUCGGGAUCGAGAUAGAGAUCGAAAUGAUCGCGAUCGGGAUAGAGAUCGUGAUCGUGGCGGUGGGGGUAGUGAUAGAAGUGAUCGUGUGACAAGGAUUGGUGAUUGGAGUGAACAUGUUAGCUCGUCCGGGAAAAUGUAUUAUUAUAAUUGUAAAACGGAAGUGUCGCAAUGGGAAAAGCCAAAGGAAUGGAUAGAAAAAGAAAGGACCUUAUCAAAAGAUCAACAUAGAGACUACAGAGAUAAAGAUCGUGAUAGGGAUCGAGAGGAUCGAUUUUCGAGAUCUUCUGCAACAUAUGCAAAACAUUCCAGUUCUCGAAGUGGUUCCCGACUACGAUGGCCGUAUGAAACGGACAUUGGCCCGCUAUCCCAUCGAAGGCGGCAUGAAGAUAAUCCCGACAUGGAUAUAAGUCCAGGCGACUCAACGCCUACUUCGGAAACAAGCCAUUCAUUAUCUAGCACCCCAACAACUCAAAUAAAUGAUAUAACAGUACAACCGGCAAGUGGGAAUACAUCAUCAACUGCUCCAUCAGUACCACCAACAGCCACAGCACCUGUUCUUCUAGCUAACGCUUUACCGCGCCUUUCAUCUCACCCAACAGCACCGACUAAUUCCCAAAUGCAUUUCUCGACGACAUCAUCCAGUGUUGGGGGCAGCGGUAGCGUUUCAAAUGCGACCGCCACCGCAACAUGCUUAUCGUCCGUUCAAGGUAGUAACAAUUGUCAUCGAAAGUUGGAUAGUGUAAUUCACGGAAACGUACCGAUUCCGACUGGGACAUCUCCAUCAAGCAUAGUUUCGUCGUCAGCAUCUGCAUCUGGUAAUCAAUUAUAUCACCACCCUGCACAGCAACAAUCUCAGUCUGCACCAACAUCAGCUUCGACGUGUGCCGCAGGUACAACAAAUGAUCUUCAUUUAAAUUCGAAUGCACCAGGUCCGCCACCGGUUACAUUGGCUAAUUUACCAAAAAUUUUAUCACAAAUAACCGGGUCUAAACAAAUAGAUCAAGCUGACAUCACUCCGCAGAAGGCAUUGCAAACCAUCAAUAAUGCACUAUUGAGGCAACAACAACAGCAGCCAACACUGCAAUCACAAGCGCAUCCUCAUCAUACUGGAGGAGUACCAAACAGUCCGCUGGGCGUGACCACAAUUGCUGGCGCUAAUCUCUCUUCAAAUGUAGUGGCACCAACUAUGGUGGGAUCUUCCCAUAAUUCCUCGGAAUCAGCGAAUCAUUCUAAUGUCGGAUCUAAUAGUAUAAGGGAUAAUCCAAUGAAUUCACCUUUGUACAAUUUAACACAUAUGCACGCGAUGUCACCACUGAAUCAAAAUAAGAAUUCUGUUGGUAGUAAUGCUGCCAACCCUUACACAUGUAACACUCCAUUUGGGUUAAAGACUGUCGAUAGUGGUAAUUGCAGUGGGCAAGCAACUAGUUUAGGAAAUUCUGGAGUGGGAGGAAGUGAAGGACCUCCGACGCCAACACAAGAAUUAGAUAUAAGUGGAAUAAGUGCAGAUCAAAGAAAAUUGGAAGGAACAUCUUCAGCAUCAUUAAGUAGUCUACAAAGUUGCGUUUCAUCAGGGCAAGGAAGUAGGUCGCAAGGACCCGAUUUAUCACCAAAACUAGCAAAAUAUUUUAGGGCUGAUUUGAUAACACAUGUAACAAAUUGGCCUGCAGAAAUAUUAGAAAAACAGGCUCAAGCGUGUUCAGAAGCAACUCAUAUUUACGGUGAUUUACACUGUACGAAAGUAUCAGCUGAACUUAAAUGUGCUAGGAGUUUAGUUAGAAUGACUGAAAUUACGGCUACACUUCAGGAGCAAAAGAGAAUGUAUCUUCGUCAACAAAUACGACGACUAGAAGCAUUAAAAUCCCAAAAUUCGUUUAUGUCGGAUGAUCUUUAGCCAAUAUUUAAAUAUAAAGUAUAUUAACAUUAAUAAUUAUAAAUAAAAAUUGUGAAAAAGGAAACAAAACAUUUUCUAAAUAUAUUUUUAAAAAUAACAAGAAAAAAAAAUAUAAAAAAAUUACCUAAAUUUUUAUUUAUAGUUCAAAUGAAAUUUCAAAUUACAUACACUAAACUUAAGAUCAUUGCUUUUUUGUUUAUUAAAUAUUCUCCAUCAAAUAAAUGAAACAAAACUAAAUUGUUUACUUUGUUUCAAGGGACAACAUAACAAGGCUAUUGUUAUUUCUUAUAAAAUUGUUUAAAUUUCAUCAAUCACUUUCCUCAGAUUUGCAUUCUGUUCCAUUUGGAUUGAAGGAAUUCAUUGCUAUUUACUUCGUAUAAAGAAGCGAAAAACUAAAGGAAAAUUGACGAGAAAAUCAAAAUCAAUUUUUUCUCUUAUUUUAUAGAUGUGUAUGUAUCGUAAAGUUGUACAAAUGAGCAAAAGAGUAAUUUAACGUAGAACAACAAACCAACAUUUUUAAAAGGCAUAUAUAAUAAACACAAAAAAUAAUAAAAAGUAAUCAUUUUAUCCCCCGGGAAUUUGAAUCGUAUCAUUUUAGGAUCAUGAUGUAAGCGAAAUGUGGAAGAGGAAUGUGAAGAAAAGUAACAAUUUGGAAAAAAUCUUGUAAUCACUCCGUUAAAAACGUCGUAUACAAA